UUAUAAGUACAAAUAUCAGUUAUGAUACGAUAUGUCAAAACCUUUGCCACAGCGUAUAAUAGGUUACAUUCAUGUAAAAAAUCCAACUGAUAACGCUAUCCAUUUUCGUAAUAUUGCUUUAUAUCAUGUUCCAUUAUAUUUCUACGCGUUGAUAUUUUCUUUUUAUAUCCUACAAAGUAUACGAUAGUAUAAUAAAGAGUGUGUUAUUGGAUCUUGCAAAAGACUGACAACUAGACAGAGAAACAGAAAGAAAGAAUACAAAAUGUGAUGAGCAAAGUGAUAAAUGUGGUACAUCACGUAAAAGCCUCUAGAGAGAAAUCAUGUCAAAACAAACAGGAACGUUGGAAUUGAAUAAAUGCAUUUCGUCCCGACUGUGGUACACAUCUCUGAAUGCUUUUCAAAUAAACAAUGAUAACAACUUGAAAGAACUCCAUCACAAUUGCUCUGUCGAUUUAACGGAAUUAGAAGAUGUAAUCGAAAGUCUGAUACAUUCUCCAAAUGAAGAGCAAUACCAAUGGAUCGCCUAUACAUUAUUGUGGAAACUUGUGGCCAACAAGUCGUCGAACGUCGACUGUAACAUACAUCGCAAUAUUCAAACACAGCUUGAUUACAUACAAGUGAAAAAUGCCUUUGAUCUAUGUGGCGAUAUAUCAGAUUAUUUAUAUAAGGAAUUAUUAGUAUUUCUUCAGAAUACAAGUAUAAGCCAUAACACGAAAGAAACUUUAGGCAGUAUAUCUCAAGAGACUCUUGCAUUCCUGAAAGAAAAUAUACUUGUUCAUCCCAAUAUUGUGUGUUGGAUUAUAAAUAAAUUAAUAUCAGCAGCCUCAAAUGCAUGCGAUAUUGCCAGUGAUUUACAAAAUAUAUAUUUUUCUACAUUGAAAUUGUGUCUAGAAUACAUUCCAGUUAGAAGGAAUUGGUACUCCAGCCAUGAAGCAUUUGAAACCUGUUCUUCGCAAACUAAUCCAGUUAUUCAUGGCAAUCCUUUACAAACUAUUCUGUGUCUUUUGUCAAAAAUGGAGAUAGAUACAGAUGCAGAAAUUGAAUUUCUAAAAAUGAUUUAUCCCACGCUUUCAAAACUGCAUCAUGUUAAGGAUAUUGAACUUGCAUUAUAUUCACGAAAAAAUGAGAAACUAUUCAUCGCAUGGUUGACACUUUGUAAUGAAACACACACGUGUGCUGAAAGUGUUACUACUUUAUCCACAGCAUAUAAAAUUAGCGAAAGUAUAUUUAAAUUAACAGAAGAUUCCAAGAUACUUUUGUGCCAACGAGAAUUGCUUAAAAAAAUAUGUAUCAGGAAACUACACUGGUUGAAAGAUAUUUUGGACAUAUGUCACAUUUUAACUAUGAAAAGGAAAUAUAGUGAAGUUGAAUUAUUGUUAUCAAAUGAUUUGUUAAAGAGAUUAUACCCAAUUUUAUUAUUUAAAAUACUAGACAAUUGUCCAGAAGAAGAACUGAAUUCGCUUGAAAGUUGUGAGAAUGGCAUUUUUAUCUGUGAAUCUAUCAAAUUUCUCUUAAAGAAAUGUUAUCCUGAUUUACAUAGUGAUUACAACUUAGAAAAGUUAUAUGUGCUUUUAAAAAGUCACAUUAGAAUUGUGGAAUAUAUUUUACAUUGGAAGAAAAGAUAUUUUACAAGAGUGAAAUUGGAUACUGAGGAACUAAAAAGUUUGAAAUCUGAUGCAACUGAACAAACAGUGUCUGUGAAGCAAAUUCUUUCUCUUCUGCAAAAACAUAAUGUACUUUCGAUCCUCAACAUGACAACAAAUGUACAUGAUCAGGAUCACAGUGCCAUUCAAAAUUUGUUAAAGGAUUCUUCUCAAUUUGAAACCUUUCAGGCAUAUUGUUGCAUAGUAAGUGCUUUAAAAGCUAUUUUAUUAGGCGAGUUUUACAACACAGAAUGUAAACAGAUUGCUGAAUAUUUCACUGACAUGGUAUCAUAUUUAUCUUCCUUGUUCCCACUGAUAUUAAGGAUAGAAACGAUGGAGUGCAUAUUUUCAUUAUUAUUCUUGCGUUAUGAAGAUUUUGCAAAUGCCAAUUCCAAAGAUGACAAUUGCGAUAUAUCGCUUGAAAACAUGGGUGUCAAUAAAUCAGCAGAGCAUGAAAAAUCUGGUUUUAUAGCUAAUAAACAUAUUAUAAGAGACACGUUGCAUCAUCUAUGGGAGUGUAUUUUAGUCGCAAUACAAGAGAUUGAUAAACAGAAAGAGCUUGGACGGCACGUGGAGGCGGAAAAACUUUGCGAAAGCAUAUCUAUUCUUAAGUUUGCGAUGAUGGAUGCACGAUGGAGAUUGCAGUUUUACGCAAGGCCUCAUUUUAUCGAAAACGUCGGUAUUCCACAAAAUGAGUCUGAUCAUAUUUUUGUUACGAAUGAAUCGGACUCUGUAAUCUCGCCGAAGCCAAGUUUUCCAUAUCGCAUAAAGGAAGACCUGUUCUUUUACAAAGAAGAUACAACAUCGGAUGAGACGAAAAUUAAAUCCGACAGCAGUUCGGAAUCUGGCUUAUUGAGUAGCAGCACCAAACGCAGAAAACGUUCCAAACGCACUAUAACUAUGGCGGAUUCUUCGAUGAUGAAGGAUAAACCAUCCUUGAUCAAUUUAAUGUUGGCCUCGAAAGAAAGUUUGGUCUUGCAUUGUUUAUGGAGACGCGAUCUUCGAAAGGCACAGGAAGUAAUCGAGAUGUUCCAUAUGGAAAACACGCAAUUAGAUGGCGAAGUUCGAUUUUCGGAAGCGGUUCAUACGUUCAAAAAGGAUACGUUAAAAUAUGUUUGUACUCUAGAUACAACAGACUCUGCUAAAGAAAAUUUAACGACUUCCACUUUAGAGAAUAUAAGACUGGCUGCACAAGAAGGUGUACAAUCCUCCAGACACAUCAAUCAACUCGAGACAUUUCUCGCGUCUCAGGAGGCAAAUUUGCGGAUGUUAAAUACGGAUAUUCUGAAUAGCACCGAGAUGCUGACUCUCAGCGUGCUCGAUCUGAGUCUAACUACAGGGCACACGUAUCAGAUCUCGAGUAAUCUCUGCGAUGUGGCCAUGAAGUACUUGAAAUCGUGUAAAACAUUUGAUGGCACGGAAUACACGAGUUUGUUUUCAAAAAUCUAUCAAUUGUUUUACGAAAACAAGAGUAAUAUGUCUGUGACUGAUAUACUGUGUGAUGCCAGAAUUCCAUUGUCCGUGAAGGAAUGGAGAGAAACAAACGCGAUUUGGAACGACUUCGAGAAUAAUUAUUGCACCUUCAAAGACUUUGAAAGAACGAAGAUAGCCGAGUCGCAAUCUCACAAUAAUAAUUGUACUCUAGGAUUGAAAGUGAUAAAGAAAAUGUCGAAUAUUUUUAAUAACGAUCAAAAAUAUCUUCAAAAUAUUUAUUCUCAUUUGCAACUUGUGUGCACCAUUAUUCCGGGAAUCAAUGAUGCUAAUACGCAAACAGUGUCUGAUUUAUUAAAGACGCCGUUGCAUCGAUAUUUCGGACACCAGAUUUUCGACCUGGAGACGGAGCCGGAUAAACUCGAAACGGUCGCUGCCAAUUUGCAAGUAAACUUGAUGUACAGUAUUCUUGUAAAUGCAUGUCCAAACAUUUUUUCUUACAACGAAAGGAGCUACAGGAAUAUCAAGGACUCGGGCUACAUUAUACUGAACCAGAGUGAAGAUAAAUCGAGUGUAAAGAACGUCACAGUUAAAGGGCCGAACCAAUGCGUUUCAGAGAUAUUGACAGAACUCCUGCUGGUUCUGCACAGUGUAAGUUUGGGACAAUCUCGCCUAGACAAUUCGUGCUUAAAAAAUAUUUCGAGGCGUGCGGACGUGCAAACGGUGCUGAGUAAGACGUCGAGCUUCGUUACUCUCGAUCUCAGCGAAUUAUCUGUGGGAGACGAGACGCUGACGUUCUUUUUGAAUCUCUGGAACAUAAUGUUCCUUCACGCAAGUUUGGACGUGUGGUCCAACGAUCCGCCUGUCGACAGCUUGAGGCGCGCAGUCACUCUGAUGUCGAUCGGCUACAUGGUCGGCGAUCUCGGCCUGGUGACACUCGCCGCUCUCAGAUCCAAGCUGCUGGGCGGCCUAACGAAUGACUUUGAGUUUUUCACACGGCUCGAGGAGCUCAACGAAUUGGCGUGGCAAGACUUAGAUCUCAUGCAGAACCCGAGAGUCAUCUUCGCCAUGGCUAACGAGCUUUACGGCACGCCUGAGAUUCGCGUGUACGAGACACAGACGUUAAACGAAAGCUUGAACGACGCGGUGCGCGAUUAUAUCACUCAUUACUCGUCGGCGUCGCUUGAGAGUUCUGCAGGUAGCCCGACGACGAAACGGAAGAUCAGCUUGCCUCACCUCGUGCGGCAGUAUCGUAACGCGUUUUCACACAAUGCCGAGAUCGGUGCGACAAAUGCUGACGGGAGUCCGGCUCCGAUAGAUGGAUUCCAAGUAUUAAACGAGGAUGUGGAAUAUAUCGCAUCCAAUUAUACGUAUGAAGUAAUAUUAAAAUAUUCCGAACACAAUCUAGUGUCACAAUCUAGAAUUACAGAUACCGCGGAAACGUCACUUUGGCAAACUCGAACAUUGCGACCUAGCUUGCUGCAGUAUCUGGAAAACCAUUGUUGGCUGCUCUCUUAUCUUGUACAGAGGAUGCACAAUGAAAACCCGACCAUUUCGGAGAACAGCUGCGACAAUAUAGAACGCACCGCGUGUCUCGAAAAUCUCCUCAAUUCACCGUGGAUUGAUAAGCUGAAACCGUUGUUCAAGGACAAUCAAACUCUCACCGCUAUGCACGAUGGCACGAUACCUGCGCAAGAGUUGUGGCGUCAUUUUCAACUCGAAGGGGAAGAUGGUAAUUGGCAAAACUCCUUGGAGACUUUAAACGCUUUGGCUGACAGCGUUGUGAGAUGCGACACGGAGCUGCAGCGCUUCAAAGAUUUAAUUCUGAGUCACGUGCUCUCCAAUCCGGGCGUUCUAUCUGUCACAAAAAUGCUGCAGCAUUUGUAUCAGAUCAAGGAUAUACAUAUAUUGGCGCAGACGAUAUUGCACAAUGUUAACAAGUGGCCCAUGAAUGUAUGCGAGCACGCGUUGCUUCACGCGUUGCAGCACGAAGAUAAUCACAAGCUGCCAGCACACUGCAAGCAUCGGAUGAAUGGCGUCUUGUGCAGAAUAACGAUUUUCCACAAGAUGGUCCCGUACUGCGUGAGUAAAUCGAACAGCACGUGGCACGACGUCGUGUAUUGCACAGAGAGGGUCGAUUCGUUCGAGAUCAUCAAGUCCUUGGUCAUCGCGGAUCAGUACGAGUUGUGCUUGGAAUGGCUGGAGUGCCAAGCAUUCUCUCUAGAGAUACAACCCAUCGUGAUGCAAGACUUUUUGAUCGGUCUUUUGAGAAACGAGCAGCAAGAAUUUGAGCAAGCUUUAAAGUUUCUUCAAGCGUUGCCGUCGAGUCAAUCGGUGAAGCUGUGCAAGGAAGUUCUGAAAAAGUUGGAAUCCACUAGUGCGUUGCAGUUCGUCGCCAACUACUUACUCGAACACUGCAGAGCGACGGAGCAAGCGAAAUAUCGGAAGACUUUAGUGGGAGUCGAAAUCUUGAAAAUACUGGAAAGCAAAGACAGAGUGCUAUAUAUCCAUUUGAUAAGAGAACCGUUGCUAAUGUUGGAGCAAUUGUUGAUGAAUUGUAAAUUUGAAAGUAUUCAAAAGAUUGUGAACACAUUACACGAGAGUUUACAGCAUCUCGAUGUAGGAAUCCGCAAUUUUGACAUAAUUAUACGAUUUUACGCCAAGAAAGCGCUCGACUUUCGCGUAUCGCUUCAAUGCGACAGCGUCGAGAGUAAAACCAAAAAUAUUCCACCGGUUAAUCUCGAUGCGGAAAACAACGAGUUUGUUAUGCCUGUUAAUGUGCCCACUAAGGAAGAAUGGGUGCCCAACGAUAGGGCGAGAGAAUGCAGUUGUUGCGAGGCUGUAAUAUUUUCCAUGUUCAAUAGACGACACCAUUGUCGGCGAUGCGGUCGCGUCGUUUGCGCCGUGUGCUCUCAGCAUCGCAUGCAGGUCGCCGGUUAUCCCAGUUCCGUGCUGGUACGCGUGUGCGACGAUUGCAAACGUCAAACGGUACUGCAGAUGCGCGCAGCGCAAGACGCCCCGUCGACGUCCAGCAGCGAGGUGUUCGAUUACUGGCGAUUGACGAGAGACGAGAAACACAAUCGUACGAUAAGGGAAGAGUUCUCGUUCGAGUAUGCGCCAAAUAUCUCGCUCUGUCUCGCUAUCCUCAACUUGCACUCCGAUCACAAAAUGUAUACCAGCUUUUUGCUAGACCGUUGCGACGAAAUGAAGGAAUUGCUCCAACCCUAUAGCGGUGGCAGAAUAAAUCCGGAAGUCGAUCACGCGGUGAUCAUCAAAAUGAUACGCUCUCUAUUGGUCGCGGUUAAGGUGAAAUGCGCUAAGCUCGGCUUCAACACCGGGCUCGCGCAUUGCGAUCGCUUCCUCUCGCAGGUGGAUCUCAUCGCGACCCUGGUCCGAUCUGAUUGUCUGGCUCUCAUACCGUCGGACGAUUUGGACGAGCACACGCUACGGAAACUGCGCGAUCUCCUCACCGAAAAGGAGCAGUGGACAUUAGCGCUGGACGUCAGCACGAAAGCGGGGCUGGAUACGCAAGGUGUGUGGGCUGCGUGGGGAAAGGCUUGCCUGAAGGUGGGAUAUCUGGACCAGGCGAGAGAGAAGUUUCAUCAUUGCCUCGACAAAAUUGUGGAAAACGAAGAUUUCGGUGAUUGGGUUGUUCUAUCCAAAGAAUCCAUGUCUCCGAUCAAGACGAAAGAAAUACAUUUGGAUGAGAAAAGAAGAGCGAGCGAAGCUAGCGGUCAUUCGAAGAGAAAUGAGCAUCUCAAGUGCCGGCCGCUCAAAGAUCCACCGUUACUUACGGAAAUUCUGCAAAUACUAGAUAACUUGAGCGUGCACCGAUUCCGAACGCAAUAUCCGUCUCAGUCUAAACCCGACGCGGCGCAGGAAAUCUUGCAGACGCUCAACAGUCUGAAAGCUGUUAGUCAAAAUCAGUUUAACGCUAAAUAUCUAAUUCCCGCCAAUCAAACGGUUUACUAUCAGGAGAAUCUGUACUACCUAUUGACAUACGGAAGCCACAGCUCUAUCUUGCAGUUCUUCCUGAAGCAUGUAGAAUUCGAUAAAUGCCUGGCGUAUGUUUUGGAGAAUGAUUUAGAAUGCGACUUAUUUCUCAAUGGAGUUUACUUGUAUUGCUUGAAGAAUGGCGACACCGAGAGGCUUCACGACGCAAUGAAGGCGAAGGAUUCCGCUCUACUCAUUUGGAGGAAGUACUUGAUAUCUGUCUGUCACUUUAUGGAAAGGAAACAAUAUUGGCACAUCUUGUAUCAGAUACAGCUCUUCAUGAGAGAUUGCGUAAGAGCAUCGAUGACAUGUAUCCGUUUUUACAUCAAUGAGACGAACACUUAUUCAGAUCUACACCACAAGGCGCAUCUGUUGCAAGACGCGCAAAAACAUUUGGAGUCAGAAUUACAUAUCGAGAGUUUGAGCAAAAGAAGAAAGAGCACGAGCUCCGUUCAAAGCGACCAGGGUGUUCUGGAGAUAGAGCCGUCGAAGAUAGACAGGCAUAUAAAUACCAUAUGCAGGCAGAUGGAAAUUGCGAAAUUUCUGGCCAACUGUGAGAGAGAAGAAAGAGCGGCAGCCAAAUUUUUAAGCCUCUUUCCGGACAUCGAUAGCGAUAGCUCUCAGACACCUCAGUUGCCUACAUUAUUUGGCAAUCAACAAGAAAAGAUACACUUGGCUGUUCUAGCUAUAUUGUGUGGCCGUGACAUCGGCGAAGGAUUUGGCAUAGCUUUUAGAAUAAUGCAAGAUUAUAAUCUUCCUCAGCAGAAGGUGUAUUCUUUGGCUGGUCAUGUGUUAGCUUUAAAAAAUAACGUAGCUGCGAUUGAGCAAUUGAUCAAGUGCUGCCGCAGCUCUGGAACGCCUAAUGCCCAUAUCGUUUCCGAUCAUGUCUUAACGCAUUGCGUAAAAUUAUUAUUGAGCCGUUCGUAUAGCGAACAGAAUCCAAUUCUUAAAAACCACAUAGAUACUUUAAUCAGACUGAUAACUGAUACGGAACUUAGAAUAAAUGCGUAUAUUGAAAGCAAACAAUUAAAGGCUGCAUAUCUACUUGCUGUUAAACAUUCUAGAGCGCAAGAUAUAAGAAGAAUUUUGAAAGAGUCAGAUAGGCUUGGUCAAAGUGCGAUUAAAGCAAUAUGCUUGAAAUGGUUGCAACAAGAACCGAAAAAAUAAUCUUUCAAAUUUGCUUUACCGAAAAACAAAACUGCGAAUCAGAUAAUGUAUAUAACCUAAAGAUUAGAAUAAAUAAGUUGUUUUUUUAUAUAAGCAAUAUUUAAAGAAAUAAUAUAUUUAAUUGCAUAUAAUAAAGUUUUUUAUACUUA